AUGGCAUCACUACCACCGGCACUCAACUUUGCCGAAACGGAAGAAGGCAUUGUCAAGAAGUGGAAGGACGAGAAUUCCUUUCACCGUCAAAACGAACUCAGUCUCGAGCGAGGUGAUGAGGAGUACACAUUUUACGAUGGGCCUCCAUUUGCUACUGGAUUGCCGCAUUAUGGUCACAUUUUGGCCGGAACCAUCAAGGAUACCGUCACUCGUUACGCCGCCAUGACGGGGAAGCAUGUCGACCGACGGGCUGGAUGGGAUUGUCACGGUCUUCCGGUGGAAUAUGAAAUUGAUCAGAAAUUGAACAUUACGCAUCGGGAUCAAGUCUUGGAAAUGGGCAUCGACAAGUACAAUGCAACCUGUCGUGGAAUUGUUACUCGGUACACCAAAGAAUGGGAGUCUACCAUUACCCGUCUGGGAAGAUGGAUUGAUUUCGAGAAUGACUACAAGACGAUGGAUCCUUCCUUUAUGGAAAGUGUCUGGUGGGUGUUCUCACAACUCUUUGAAAAGGAUCUGGUAUACCAAGGUUACAAGGUCAUGCCAUACUCGAUGGCUUGCGGUACUCCGUUGUCCAACUUUGAAGCUGGUCUGAACUACAAGGAUGUCAGUGAUCCCGCAGUGGUGGUCAGCUUUCCCGUGGUGGGAGAAGAGGGUGUCUCCUUUGUGGCUUGGACCACCACUCCAUGGACCUUGCCUUCCAACUUGGCACUCUGUGUCAACCCGGAGAUGAAAUACAUACAGAUCUUGGACAAGAAGUCUGGCAAUGUAUACAUUUUGGCAGAAACUCGAUUGCCUCAACUGUAUCCUGCCAUGAACAAGAAGAAAUGGAAGCCCAAAAUGGCGGAGGAACUCUAUGAGAUUCAAAAGAAGAUGACCGGAAAGGAUCUCAUUGGCAAGCGAUACAAGCCUUUGUUUGAUUUCUUCAAGAGCGAUUCUUUCUACCAAGUGGUUGGAGAUGCGUAUGUUACCGACGAUGCUGGUACCGGUGUUGUCCACCAAUCUCCUGCCUUUGGAGAAGACGAUUUCCGCGUUUGUUUGGCCAACGGGAUCAUUGAAAAAGGGGGCAACAUUCCCUGCCCAGUCGAUUCGAAUGGAAUGUUCACUGACGAAGUACCACCCGUGAAGGGAAUGAACGUCAAGGCCGCCGACAAGAACUUGAUUGCUCUCAUCAAGGAAAAGGGACGAAUGGUCGACAGCGGCAGCUUGUUUCACUCUUAUCCAUUCUGCUGGAGAUCCGACACACCAUUGAUUUACAAGAUUGUUCCCUCUUGGUUUGUCAAGGUUGAACAAAUCAGAGACCAAAUUGUCGAGAACAACAAGCAAACCUACUGGGUUCCUGCGCACGUCAAGGAGGUUCGAUUCCACAAUUGGUUGUCCGAUGCCCGGGACUGGGCCGUUUCCCGUAAUCGAUUCUGGGGAACUCCUCUUCCCAUCUGGGCCAACGAAGACCUCAGUGAAAUGGUUUGCAUUGGAAGCAUUGCUCAACUGGAAGAAUUGUCCGGUAUCAAGGUCGAAGAUUUGCACCGCGAAACCGUGGAUCAGAUUGAAAUUCCAUCCAAGAAGAAUCCCGGACAAGUGCUCCGCCGUAUUGACGAAGUCUUUGAUUGUUGGUUCGAAUCUGGAAGUAUGCCGUAUGCCCAGAAGCACUACCCAUUUGAGAACAAGGAGAAAUUCGAGGGUGGCUUCCCCGCUGAUUUUAUUGCCGAAGGUUUGGAUCAAACUCGUGGAUGGUUUUACACAUUGAUGGUUCUUUCCACUGCUCUUUUCGGAAAGUCCGCCAUGAAGAACGUCAUUGUCAAUGGUCUGGUAUUGGCCGAAGAUGGAAAGAAAAUGUCCAAACGUUUGAAAAAUUACCCCGAUCCAUCGCUUGUCAUUGACAAGUAUGGUGCCGACGCCUUGAGAAUGUACUUGAUCAAUUCGCCCGUCGUGAGGGCGGAAGAGCUAAAGUUCAAGGAAGCUGGAGUUUUGGGUGUCGUCAAGGAAGUCUUUUUGCCAUGGUACAAUGCCUUUCGAUUCUUCCUUCAAAAUGUCGAACGUUGGGAGACUGCCACUGGCAAGAAGCUUGUUCCAUCCGUCGAAAAGGUCAAGAGCACCACCAACUCUACCGAUAUCUGGAUCUCGGCCGCCACCCAAGAGCUCAUCAAAUUUGUGCACACGGAAAUGGCAGCCUACCGUCUGUACACGGUCAUGCCCGCCUUGGUGCAAUUCGUCACGCAGCUCACCAACUGGUAUGUCCGUUUGAAUCGUGACCGUCUGAAAGGAUUGGACGGCGACGACGAUGACACCGAAAGUGGUCUGCAAGUCUUGUACGAUGUCUUGCUCGAUGUCACCUUGAUCAUGGCACCCUUCACACCCUUUAUCACGGAAUUCUUUUACCAACACUUGCGAAAGUUCCAGCCAUCGUAUGCGGAAGCAGCCAAUGGAGGUGGAAUUACCAACCCAGUCAAGCCAGGAAAGAGUGAUUCGGUCCACUUUUUGACACUUCCCGCCUACGACGAAUCCCGCCUGAAUACCGAUGCCGUCGAAGCCAUGGAAGCCUUGCAAGCCAUUGUCGAGCAGGGCCGAAAUGCCCGUGAAAAGAGAAAUAUCAGUUUGCGAACGCCGGUAAAGUCAGUGGUUGCCAUUCUACGAAAGCCAUCCGAAAAGGUGGUCAAGGGUAUCACUGGGCCACUCAAAACGUACAUUUUGUCCGAACUGAACGCCUGGGAUUUUUCGGUCGUGCCCACCGAAGAGCAACAUGAUUGGGUGACACUGUCCCUCACUCCCGAUUUCAAGGCACUCGGAAAGAAGUUGGGAAAGAAAAUGAAGAGUGUUGGCGCCGCCAUUAAAGCGUUGGGCCACGACGAGGCUGUCAAGUGCUUGGAAGAUGGCAAGUUGACAUUGGAAGGAGUUGAGAUUGACACUACCACUGAAUUGGUAUCCAAGUUGAACUUUUCAAAAGAGGGCGACCAUUGGGAGGCCACACCUUCUGCGGAUGGUGCUUGCGUCGUCGCUUUGGACUGCACCCAAGAUGCGGCCAUUUUGUCGGCUGGCAUGUCCCGUGAAUUGAUCAACCACAUUCAACAAUUGCGCAAGGGCGCCGGUUUGGAUCUUUCGGAUGUUGUGGAAGUUUUCUUUCAUGAGGAAGAAGGAAUCACCCAGACUGAGGAUGCUGUGUCGAACAAUGUUGCAACCUUUGAAACCAAAUUCAAAGGAGCCGUUCCUUUGCCCGAACGACUGGCGCCAGCUUGGAGAGUGGUAUUGAAGAGUGACAAGGUAGAUGUGGGUGGAUCCAAGGUGACUGUGUCCGUAUGCCGUCCCGCACUGGCCGUGAAGGAUUCCUUGGACGAAGGUGUAAAAAACAUUCUAUCGACCAAGGAACCAUCCGAGUUUAGUAGUGCUGGACAAAGCUUCAAGUGCUCGCUCGAUGGCAAAGAGUUUGAAUUGAAGGAAGGAGCUGACUUUUGGUUGAGUACAGCUGCCAAGACCAAAGCCAACAAGACGCUUACUUGGCUUUAG